GUCAAAACACAACCAACGGCGAUUUGCUGGCACCAUUCGUUCGAUGGCAACGGCUUGGAUAACAGGCGCGCGCUUUGUUUUAUUAUCCACAUUAUCAGCGGCAUUAUUGUUAUUGGCAUUGUUCGCUUCAAGUUUGAUGGCCCGGCCAGCACGCGAGUAAUAUUCGUGAAUGUGAAUGUGUCUUUUACUAUUCAGAGUGGCCACUCUCUCUCUCGCUCUAUCAGUCUCUAAAGUGAAUAUCCCACGCGGCUUAUGCAUAUGCAUCUAUGUGCACUUGCAACUAAAUCAGAAUCGACAAUUUUGAUUUUUUUCGAAAAUUGAAUUUUUGAAAAUAUUUUUAGAGUCGAACAGUCUCACACAGUUUGUUGGCUAACGCGCGCUUGUCGCCAUCGCUCGUCGGUCGUCGUUCGGUCAGCGGCUAACCAAACCCAUAAAGCCAUUUAAAUAAUAAUAAUAAUAAUAACAAUAAUAAUAAUAAUAAUUAUAAUAACAAUCAAAUAAUCAUUAUCGUAAAGGCAAUUGCCAGUUUACGGGCUUUUUGCUGAUAGUUUAACCGAAAUACAAAAUCAAAUGAGAACCGCCAACAAAUGCGGGCAAUGAAUCAAGUCAAGACAAGUGGCUAGUGCAAUUGGCAAACUAAACUUCAAUUCUAAGUUAACCCGAAACCAAAAUUCCCAAAACAUAAAGUAUACGAAACUAUUGUGAGAAAUAAUUCAAAUAUAUAUGUACGUAGAAAGAAGAACUUUCUGGUGGAGUGUGCAAUAAAUAAUACCAACUGCGACAGCAAAGUGAAGUGAAAUGCAAUACGAAAUUGAAUCGAGAUAAUUAAUUACUAAUAAGCGAACCCUAAGACUAGCAGAAAUCCAAACCGAUCCCAGUGAACUUAAGACUAUCUACAUCGAUAUCGAUAUCUACAGCUGCCACAAGCAGCAGCCGCCAAAAUUCUCACCGCCAGCAGCAACAUGAACUCAUAUUUCGAACAGGCCUCCGGCUUCUAUGGCCAUCCGCAUCAAGCCACGGGCAUGGCCAUGGGCACGGGUGGCCAUCACGAUCAGACAGCCAGUGCAGCGGCGGCCGCCUACAGAGGAUUCCCACUCUCGCUGGGCAUGUCGCCGUAUGCCAAUCACCAUCUGCAGCGCACGACACAAGACUCACCCUACGAUGCGAGUAUCACGGCCGCCUGCAAUAAGAUCUAUGGCGACGGAGCCAGCGCCUACAAACAGGACUGCCUGAACAUCAAGGCGGACUCCGUCAAUGGCUACAAGGACAUUUGGAACACGGGCGGCAACAAUGGCGGUGGCGGCGGGGGCACAGGCGGCGGCGGUGGCGGGGGUGGUGCUGGUGGCAAUGCCUCCAAUGGCUCAAACGGCGGCAACACAGCCAACGGACAGAACAAUGCAGCGGGCGGCAUGCCCGUGCGCCCAUCCGCCUGCACUCCAGAUUCACGCGUCGGCUACUUGGACACAUCGGGCGGCAGCCCGGUCAGCCAUCGCGGCAGCAGUGCCGGUGGCAACGUCAGUGCCGGCGGCGUGGGCGGCGGCGGCGGUGGUGGCCAGAGUGGUGCCACCGGCGUGGGAGUCGGCUCCGGAGCGGGCACGGCCUGGAAUGCCAAUUGCACCAUCUCGGGCGCUGCUGCGGCACAGACAGCGGCUGCCAGCAGUUUACACCAGGCCAGCAAUCACACAUUCUACCCCUGGAUGGCUAUCGCAGGUGAGUGUCCAGACGAUCCAACCAAAAGUAAGAUAAGAUCUGAUUUAACACAAUACGGCGGCAUAUCAACAGACAUGGGUAAGAGAUACUCCGAAUCUCUUGCGGGCUCUCUUCUACCAGACUGGCUAGGCACCAAUGGGUUAAGAAGACGCGGCCGCCAGACAUACACCCGCUACCAGACACUCGAAUUGGAGAAGGAAUUCCAUACGAAUCACUAUCUGACACGCAGACGGAGAAUCGAAAUGGCGCAUGCACUCUGCCUUACAGAGCGACAGAUUAAAAUCUGGUUCCAGAAUCGGCGGAUGAAAUUGAAAAAGGAAAUUCAGGCGAUCAAGGAGCUCAACGAGCAGGAGAAACAGGCUCAAGCGCAAAAGGCAGCGGCAGCAGCAGCAGCGGCGGCAGCUGUCCAGGGCGGUCAUUUAGAUCAGAAUUAGAAUGAAAUUGCAAACACACACACAUACACCCACACCCACACAUAUUGUAACAAAUGAACUAACUAUUUACUUAAAUGAAUUAUAAUUAAUAAUACAACAAAAACAAUAUAAAAAGGAGCAUAUUGUGCGGUUAUUGUGCGAAUAGAGCAACUAAAACUAAACUAUAAACUAAACUUGCAACUUGCUACUAAGCGAACAACUUUUGGAGAAAUGUUUUGAGAAAAGUCUUGAGAAUGCAAAAAACAGAAAUACGUAAAUUGAACAAAUGUAAUACAAUAGUUUAAGUAAUAAGUAAAUAAAAUGGUAGUGUAAAACAGUGCGAGACAAAAAACUUAACUUAAAUGCAUUAACUAAUUAAAUAAAU